UCAACUUUAACUUUCUUUUUGCAGGUGGAUACAAUCACAUUACCGAGUCGAUGCACACCUUGAAUGAUAUGAACCAUGAGGAUAUGGGUUUGAGCCAACAAUAUAACGAAGCACAAGAAUACGGGUUGGAAGCCAGUACUCCUCACCAGGGCUAUUUGGACGCUAGUCCGGAGUUUUAUUCAACGCCGUCCACCCCACUCAUGCUUACAGAAACCAAAUACCAGCCUACUUAUUGUGCGAAAAGUUAUUCGAGAGUACAAUAUCACCACGAGAUGCUUCCACCUGACGGCUAUGUGACACAUCAUUACGAGCCACCUUUCCAAACUGUACCAACUUCCAUCCACAGUCCAGUUGAUCACUGGUACUCUCAAUUAGCAGGACAUCCUUUAAUGCCAACAGGUCCAGUGAGCAAUUCUCUCCAUCAGCAUCAUCCCACCUUUGUAGGACUAUCAGUUCGGGACUCCCAUCUACCCCUGAAUCACUUGAAUCAGAUACAAAAUCCGAAUCAUGGCCAAAUUCAUGGACCGAAUCCUCUAACGGGAGGUGAUGAUAGCAAGCCAGUCAUUCAGGCCGCCGUACUCGCAGGUUACUCAGGGAGUGGACCUAUCCAGCUAUGGCAGUUCCUGCUUGAACUCCUGACCGACAAGACUUGCCAGGGAUUCAUCAGUUGGACAGGUGACGGUUGGGAGUUCAAAUUAACAGAUCCUGAUGAGGUAGCCCGUCGAUGGGGCAUUCGGAAAAACAAGCCGAAAAUGAACUAUGAAAAACUAAGUCGUGGACUGAGGUAUUAUUAUGACAAAAAUAUUAUCCACAAAACUGCUGGAAAGCGUUAUGUGUACCGUUUCGUGUGUGAUCUCCAGUCUCUCUUGGGCUACACUCCCGAGGAGUUACACGCCAUGGUUGACUUAAAUCCAGAGAAAAAGGACGCCGAAUAGUCAGUAGUGAUCUGGUCAAUUUAUCGCAUGUAUUUGUAUUUUUAACAUUUCACAUUUUCUCACCGACAGUCAUAGUUUCUCAUAUAUUUAGUUUAAAACUGAUAAUUCUUUACUUGUGCUUAUUGGUUUCUCCCAGACCUAUUUUCUGACAAGGAUAUACAGUAAACUUACUUUUCGUGUUUAGAAAAAUAAAACGGUCAUUUACUCUUCCAGAAACCGUUAAUUCUGUAAGCGGUGUGUGGUAUCAGUUUAAGGUAAACCUGUAGUUACUAUUGGUAUAAUUGCUAAGAAAGAAACUACUGUACAUAUGGGUAUUGUCUGAUAGCUGUGUUGUCAGGAAUGUUUCAUAAGAUCUCCUUUUAUAUAUAUAUAUAUAUUUAACGUUAUCGUAUUUUGUUAUUGAACUGUGCUUUGACGAAAAGUUUUACAAAUCCUAGAAUUAAAAAACGUUCGUAUUCUUGCACCUCGUAAUUUAUAUUAUAUAGGAAUAAUUAUGUUAGAGCACAGAAAUAUGCCUUUAUUCUAACUAUGUAUUCAGUAGUGCCUUACUAGUUAAUUGCUACAUGUUUUACCAGAACGUUUACAUACAUCUGUUGAUUCAUUUUUAAGUAAUAUUAUAAUUCAAUAUAUUACGUUCUCAAAAUAACUAGUAUAAGUGAUUUUGUGUAAAGAGAACACUAAAAAGAGACUUUCACAUGUUGCUGUUUCCCUUCUAAAAGCAUGUAAUCACUAUCUGUUGAUAAAACUUAACUGUAAAAUGAAACAUUAUUAGAUGCGCGAUUAACUGUAGUUCAGAUAUCAGUU